AUGUCCUACGGCAGCGACGCGCCGCACGUUUGGAGCAGCUCGGCAGGCAGCGAAGUGUCCCCGUACGGGCCGCUGUGGGACGCUCCGCCGGCGCCAGUUCCCUAUCCCGACAUCCUGGCUUUCCCGCCAGCCGACCUGGUGUGGUCGGCGGCAGGAUGCGGGGGCCGCGGAGGUCCACGAUCCACGCCCGGCGGUAAGAAGCCUCGCCGUCGGGUCGCGUCGGUCGCACAGCGUCGCGCCGCCAACAUCCGCGAGCGGCGACGCAUGUUCAACUUGAAUGAGGCGUUUGAUAAGUUGAGGAGGAAGGUGCCAACGUUUGCUUACGAGAAGCGUCUCUCCCGCAUCGAGACCCUUCGCCUGGCCAUCACGUACAUCAGCUUCAUGUGUGAACUGCUUCAUGGCUCUCCACAGCCACAUCACACCUCACACGCGACGGUACACUCCUCACGUCAUGUUUUUGAUGCGGAGGUCCCGUGGUGCGCCUAA